AACGUGGUGGCGAGCAGCUGCAGGUGGAUGCAAGAGCAGCAGUACCGGCAGUGGACCCUGCGCUGCCUGAAACUACAGCCUCUCGCACCUGUGCCCAGCGAUAUCGAGAUCUCCCGGAGUCAGGUGCCCAAGGCCGUGGCCCUGCUGGCCGGGGAGCUGGGCGUUCUGCCAGAGGAGCUGGAACCCUACGGUCACGCCAAGGCCAAAGUGCGUCUGUCCCUGCUCGACCGGCUCGCCGCACAGCCUGAUGGGAAGUACGUCCUGGUGGCCGGUAUAACCCCCACCCCGCUGGGAGAGGGUAAGAGCACGGUCACCAUCGGUCUGGUGCAGGCCCUGACGGCCCACCUGAAGCUCAACUCCUUCGCCUGCCUGCGGCAGCCCUCCCAGGGGCCCACCUUCGGGGUCAAAGGGGGUGCGGCAGGAGGUGGCUACGCCCAGGUCAUCCCCAUGGAAGAGUUCAACCUUCACCUGACGGGGGACAUCCACGCCAUCACCGCCGCCAACAACCUGGUGGCCGCCGCCGUCGACGCCCGGAUCCUGCACGAGGCCACGCAGUCCGACAGGGCUCUGUUUAACAGACUGGUCCCCUCUGUGAAUGGCUCCAGAAGGUUCUCCCCCAUUCAGAUAACCAGACUACAGCGGCUUGGCAUCAGCGAGACGAACCCCGCCUCGCUCUCACCCAAGGAGGUCAGCGCGUUCGUGCGCCUCGACCUUGACCCCGAAAAGGUCACGUGGCAGAGAGUGGUCGACACCAACGACCGCUUCCUACGGAAGAUCACCGUGGGACAGGCCAACACGGAGAAAGGUCACGUGCGCCAGACCCAGUUCGACAUCGCCGUGGCCAGCGAGAUCAUGGCCAUCCUGGCCCUGACGGACGGGCUGGGGGACAUGAGGGCGCGGCUCGGCCGGAUGGUGGUGGGGUCCAGCCGGGCGGGGCAGCCCGUCACCGCCGACGACCUGGGCGUGACGGGGGCCCUCGCCGUGCUGAUGAAGGACGCCAUCAAGCCCACGCUGAUGCAGACGCUGGAGGUGAGUCUCUGGACCCCGGAGCGCGUGCACACAAGUCCCUGCACACGGAAGAGAGCGUUUGACUCUGCGGCAGG